AUGGCUCGUCGCAUUGUUCGGACGGGUGUUCAGCUCGCCAUAUUCACCGUCUUUGCAGUGCUUGCAGUUGUGAUUCUGGACAGUCGAUUUCGCGUUUUACCUAACUCCAUCCAUGGUCAUCUCCCUUCACACUACCCUGGCUCCGUAGUCACCGAUGUGACAAUCACCACUUGCUCGACUCUCAGCCUCUUUUCUAGCUGCAAACUCGACUCGGAGACAUGGACUCGCAUCGAGAAAGAUCUCUAUUUACGCACUGGCUGGACGUCGAGCGCCUAUAUUCAUUUUGAGCGGAAGAAAGAGGAAGAAUUGCUCCCCGAGGACAGAGUUGUGGUUGACCUGAAGAUCAGCCGUCUUGUUCCGACAAAAGAAGCAUCAGAUGAUGUGGGAGUUGCAUGGGAACAAAGGCCGGGAGGGAUAUGGCUGAAGCGAACGGCGGAGCGCCAUGCGAGUGACUCGGGCAAGGCAAUUACCUCCAUCGAUGUGCUCUUCGGCGCUGAUGCGGUCGAUCCCCGCGUCGGCUGGGAGGUUAAAGAUACUCCGUUGUUGCUGGAUAGCUGGACGGAAACCCUCGAGACUCGCAUCACCAUCCGGAGGGGAAACCCGCAAAAGUCCAAAAAGCCAGUCCCGAGGAUUAAAGAGAAUGGACGGUUCAAGAUUAUGCAGUUAGCAGAUUUGCAUCUAAGUACUGGUACUGGAGUGUGUCGAGAGCCCGUCCCGGCCGAACUCGUCCCCGGUCAAAAGUGCGAAGCCGACCCUCGAACCCUGGAGUUUGUCGAAAGGCUUUUGGAUGAGGAGAAGCCUGAUUUUGUCGUUCUUAGUGGCGACGAAGUGAAUGGCGAGACCGCGAAAGAUGCCCAAAGUGCGCUCUUCAAAUCGGUGAAACUGCUUGUGGACCGCAAAAUUCCCUAUGCUGCCAUUUUUGGUAACCAUGACGACGAGGGUGAUCUCAAACGGCCAGAGCUCAUGGCUAUUCUCGAAGAAUUGCCCUACUCAUUAUCAUCUGCCGGGCCUGAAGAUGUCGACGGUGUUGGGAACUAUAUUGUCGAAGUGCUUGGCCACGGAACUACUACACAUUCCGCCUUAACCCUUUACCUCCUAGACACACAUUCCUACUCCCCUGACGAAAGGCAGUUCCGUGGGUAUGAUUGGGUCAAACCAAGUCAGAUCCGAUGGUUCAAGAAUAAAUCGCAGGGCCUAAAGGCCAAACACCAUGAAUAUUCUCACAUGCACAUGAACAUGGCCUUCAUCCACAUCCCUCUACCUGAAUAUCGCGAGUCCGAAAAUUUCUUUCAAGGUGGCUGGCCAGAGGUCCCAACAGCCCCAGGAUUCAACUCUGGAUUCAAGGAUGCUCUUGAAGAAGAGGGUGUCCUUUUUGUUAGCUGUGGGCAUGACCAUGCCAAUGAUUAUUGCAUGCUUAACAAGGACGCCAACGAAAAGCCAUCACUUUGGAUGUGCUAUGGCGGCGGCUCAGGACUUGGAGGCUAUGGAGGCUACGGGGGCUAUGUCCGACGUGUGCGAUUCUAUGAUUUUGACAUGAACCCAGGCCGGGUUGUCACAUACAAGCGGCUUGAAUGGGGUGAAACCGAAGCGAAGAUUGACGAGAUGAUGAUCGUUGAUGGCGGCGUCGUUAAAGGGCCUGAAGAACACAACUAG